AUGAUAAAAGGCGUUAGUAGGGCCGAAGCGGAAGCGAUAACGCUAGCCACUACUGAACCUGGUUGGCUGGUUUGGUUGGUUUGGCUUUAUCCGCCAAUACCCCGGGUUGUAUGGGGUAUGGGAUGGGGGAGACAGAAGGAUAAGGCGGAAACUGAGCCCCCAAGACAGGAAACUGUUGUAUCUCAACCAAGUUAUCUGUCCAGACCUCACCUCAUACUCACCACGUCAGUGACACGAUCUACAUCCCUCUUCGUCUCUCCCCAGAACAAGAACAAGAAUCUGGAGAAAACAGAACAUGCCCUCCCCACGUUUCUGUUUCUGCCCUUCUCCGGACCCCCUCCUCCCAUCAAAACCUCCCCUGAAAAGGCAACGCAAAAAGCCUGCCUGCUCGCUCGCUCGCUCGCCACCCCGGACGCGGAGAUGGCGGAAAACCGGUCUUUGGAUGUUUGUUGGUGUGGGAAACCAAACAUUGAUCUCCGGGCCGCUAGCUAG